AUGUCUGAUAUCAAAUCCGAGCCUCUUCCGUCUACCUACCGCGCUCUCAUGUGCUCCGGCGUUGGCGAACCUCUCACCAUACAAACCCUUCCAAUCCCAGAUGCUGUCCCAGGAAGCGUCAUUGUCCGCAUCCUGGCAAGUAGUGUUCACACAGGAAUAGAGCAAAUGCUCGCUGGCAAGGUUGCAGGCCUAUCAAUCCCCACUCCUUUCGUCCCUGGCACCAGGGCAAUCGGGCGUGUCGCCAUCGCCGGACCCGACACCACCUCCCUUGAAGUCGGCCAGCUGGUUCUCCUCGAGCCUUUUAUUCGUGGCCGUGAUGACCCAAACGUGCAGUUCCUCUGGGGCUUCGGCGUCUUCGGUACCAACCCCAAGGCGCUGAAGCUGAUGGAAGGCACGUGGCGCGAUGGUCUAUUCGCCGAAUACGCACGAGCUCCUCUCGAGAACUGCUUCGCGCUGGACGAGAGACUCCUCCUAGGCAGCCCGGCUGCCGGUGGUCUGGGUUACUCUGUCGCUGAUCUCACCUUACUCUCGACACAUGUCGUGGCUUAUGGCGGGUUCAGAGGCAUCGAUCUCAAAGCUGGGGAAACCGUCAUUGUCGCACCGGCCACGGGGGUCUUCAGCGGCGCAGCAGUUGAAGUAGCCUCCGCACUAGGCGCUCGAGUUCUUGCCGUAGGCCGGAAUAUCGAGGCAUUGCAGGAGAUCGCAGCUCGCAACGCAAGGGUCAGCAUCGUGCAGCUGAAAGGCAACGUCGAAGAGGAUCUUGCGAGUCUGAAGAAAUUCGGCCCCAUUGACGCUUACCUUGACAUCUCGCCGCACUCUGCUAGCGACUCGACGCAUAUCCGGACUUGUCUUAUGGCCGUUAAGCCUUAUGGUAGGGUGUCGCUGAUGGGCACUGUUGCGAAGGAUAUCGCUAUCCCGUAUGUGGUGGCCAUGCUGAAUAACCUGACGAUUCGCGGACAGUACAUGUAUGAGAGGGACGAUGUGAGAGGAAUCAUCAAGCUUGCUGAGGCGGGCGUGCUGAAGCUUGGAAAGGAGGCGGGGCAUAGGAUCGAAGGACGGUUCCCGCUUGAGGAGUGGGAGAAAGCUUUUGAGGUUGCGGCGCAGAACCCAAGGGUUGGGAAGUCAGUCAUCUUUACUCUAUAG